AUGGCCUCUGUCCUUCAAUCGCCAUGGCUUUGUCCUCACAAACCCAUCAAACCUUUUGUUUCAUCAGCAAAACCAAAUUUCAUAAACCCCACAUUCAAUCCCCUCAAAGUCUCGUCUUCGUUAGCCCCCUCCAAUGCUGAAUCUUCAUCAGACUCAGACUCACCGGGAAAAUCUGCUGAAGCUGAAUUGGGCAAAACAGACCCUGUGAAGCUCGCGUUUGAGAAAGCUAAAGCGUACAAGAAAUCGGUACCCACGAAUCCAACUCCAAAAGUUGUUCAAGACCCAGUUCAACAAUUUGCUGAAACAGGUGAUAAGAAUGGUGGGUUGGUAUCAGAAGUUAGCAAGGCUGAAAAUAAAGAGGUUCCCAUUGCUUUUAAGCUUGCAAUGGAGAGAGCAAACGAGUAUAAGGACAAAGGAAUAAUGGAUAGCAGUAAAAGCGUGGAAAGAAAUGAGACAACUUCAGAAGGAAAUGCGGGGAAUUUUGGAAAAGGGUUUGUUGAGAGGAGGGUUGAUAAAAAGAAAGAACCACAGGUUUCAAGCAUUGAUUUUAUGGGGCUCAACUUUGCUGAUAAGAAGGAUAGCAGGGGAUUGCCUGCUGGAUUGGUUCCACCAACAGACCCCUUUCCAGAAGGGAACAUACCAGAGGUGGAGAUAAUUGUUGGGGAUGCAAGCAAUUUUGGAGAUGCAGCGGCCACAAAGGCAAAGCCAAUCCAAAAAGACAAUUCUGAUCUUUACAAGCCGAGGGUUUCUACAUGGGGAGUUUUCCCUAGACCUGGCAACAUUUCAAAAACUUAUGGUGGUGGAAGAAAUAUUCGCCCUGGGGAGGUGCUUGAAACAGUAGAAGACAGAGUUGCCAAAGAAGCUCAUACAAAGCAAUUACUUGCUGCAUACAAGAGCCAAAUAGGCUUAAACAUUGAUCCCAGGCUAAAAUCUGAAUGUGAGAAGGUAUUGAAGGAUGGAGACUCCUUGAUGGAUCUUGGAAAGCUUAAGGAAGCAUUACCAUUCUAUGAAAAAGUUAUGGAUAAGUUGCCAUAUAAGAGUGAACUUCAUGGGAUAGCUGCAUUGCAGUGGUCUAUUUGUCAAGAUUCACUUAGUAGGUUCAAUGAAGCUCGAGUUAUGUAUGAGAAGCUUCAGUCUCAUCCCAAUGCUCAAGUGAGCAAGAGAGCUAGGCAAUUUAUGUUCAGUUUCCAGGCCAUGAAAAUGAUGAAGGUUACAGGUUCAUCUUUUCCUCUGGUGAGCAUGGGUUACCAAAAUUAUUUUGAAGCAUUUAUUGAAGAUAAAGCCAACUACCCUUUAAAAGAGCCUGAAGAUAAAGAAGGAGUCAGACAGUUAAUCUGCGAGCAAAGUUGCAAGGAAGGAAACUCAGUAGCACAGGUUGACACUCUAUGA